AUGAGAAGCAACGAAGAAGAAAGACUUAGACACGUUGGCGACCUUGUGGGUCACAAUGGAUGGGUUACUUCUCUUGCUACCGGCAAUGAAGAGCACGGCAACCUUCUCGUUUCUGCCUCCAGAGAUCGUUCACUCCUCAUAUGGAACGUUGACCUGUCUCAAGAACAAGGCUACAUCCAAACAGUCACUGCUAACCCUCAUAGAUCCUUAAAAGGCCACUCUCACUUUAUUUCAGACGUCGUCCUGUCCUCUGACAACAACUUUGCCCUCACCGGAUCUUGGGAUACCACCAUGAGACUUUGGGACUUGCGUGCAGGCCGCACCACUUACAGAUUUGUAGGACACUCCAAAGACAUUUUGACAGUCGCUAUGUCCCCAGACAACCGUCAGAUCCUUUCUGGUUCUCGUGACAAGACAAUCAAGCUUUGGAACACCAUUGCAGAGAUGAAAUACGAGUUUGACACAGAAUCUUCUCACUCUGACUGGGUUUCCUCAGUAAGGUUCACCCCUACCACAAAAGACCCACUUAUUGUGUCAGCUGGGUGGGACAACACAAUCAAGCUCUGGGAACAACAGACCUAUAAGCUUAAGCACAACCUGAUUGGCCACACAGGCUGCAUUAACUCUAUUACUAUUUCUCCAGACGGAAACUUCUGUGCUUCAGGAGGAAAGGACUGCAGCGUCAUGAUCUGGCACAUCAAGGACCAAGUCUUGUUAUACCAACUUGACACUGGGUCAUCAGUAAAUGCUUUGGCAUUUUCACCUACAAGGUAUUGGCUUGCUGCAGCUACUGAUAGCGGAAUUAAAGUCUGGGAUUUAGACUCAAAGACCUUGAUCAAUGACUUUGUACCAGAGAAGUUCGGAAAGGACGGACAGACCAGAAUUAGAUCACCUGGAGCUUUAUCAGUGGCUUGGUCUGGAAAUGGAGACGUACUGUACGGAGGAUUCACUGAUGGAGUCAUUAGAGCUUAUGCAGUCUCACAAGAAUAA